CCAAACUUGCGGCGCUGUUGCCCCGCCAAACUCACCACAACCAAAACUUCUGCUUGUGUACUUUGCAAAUAAAACAAGAUCUAUUUGCGCAACAAGCUCGCAACCAACCACUCUGCUUACCCCUGACCGUUCAAUCGAAAAGCAUAGCUGCACCACCAAAUAUGGAAAGCCCGACCGUCCUCACAACAAUACACACGCCGCCCAAGGUGGACGACUUCACCCCACUCGCGGAGCACCAGGAGCGCACCCCGGCCACCUUCUUUGGCGGCAAGCCCGUCCUGCACUACCACGCCGCAUCCGCAACAGUCCUAGUCCCUGCGUCGCAGAAACGUAGCCUGCCGAUAUUCAGGACUGCAGAUGCGGCGGCGGGAAGCGACGACGACACUGAGGUGACCGUUGAGCAAACCGUUGACGUCUUUGUCAAUUCCUCGACACUCACACUCUUCAGCCAAGACGCCACAGUCGGGGUACAGAUCCCCUAUCCCCAAAUCGGCAUCCAUGCCGUCAAGACCCUCACACCACCACCGGCUGCGCCGUCGCCGACAGCAGGAGCAACAUCAGCCGUCUACAUGCAGCUGGACCUGCAGGCCAGCGGCGGCGCCGACGACGACGACUUCAACACGGUCGAGCUGACCAUCAUCCCCGCGGCGCCGACCACUGAGUCAACCCCGGCUCUGUUCGCCGCCAUAUCCGCCUGCGCCGAGCUGCACCCUGACCCCGCCGACGCCGAUGAUGACGACGAGGACGAAGAUAGGAUAGUAUUUGAGUCGGCCGCCGGCUUCGAGCCGGGAUCGGGUAUCUUCAGGGGCGUUAGCGACGGCGGCCUGCCGCCCGCCAUGCCCGGAAGCUCGGGUUGGAUCACAGCCGACAAUGUCAACGAGUUUUUCGACGAGGACGGGAACUGGAUCGGCGGCGAGGAGUAUGAUGCCGAAGAGGGUAUUAGCGGCGAGCUGGGCGAGGGCGCCGGCCGCGUAAGGGGCAGGGAUGAAGUUUCAGGGGCUGAGCAGCCGGCGGCGGCGAACGGUCAAGAAGGCCGGAAUGGACAGCAGAAUGGGGCAGAGGGUGAGGAUUCGGAAAGCAAAAGGCAGCGGACGGACUGAUGCGCUUGCUGUGUAAGCGAGGCUAGGACUGUGUAAAAGCAGCAAAGGUUGCUCAAAAGGGUGUAAGUUUUUGAUAACGAUAACGAAUGAAACUGACCACCAUAGAUACCCAAUCAGUAUAGUAAUUCGUUUUUAGUGUCGUCCAGAGCAUACAGAGAAAAACCUUGGUGUCCUGAUCAUCACUCAUGUUUUGCUCAUGACGCUCCAGGUCAUACCUUUUCUUGAUAAACCCGGGCGGGGAUCAGUGACGAACAACUCAUUGCCAGAGCAGAAGGAAUAUGGAAAACGUGGAAAGCAUCAUCAUUAGGAGUAGGAGCGCAUGCACAUCUCGGGAAAUUCUGGACUGUAAUUGGGACAAACGUGAUAAGCUGAAAACAACGCGACUGACAGCAAGAAUAUUAAAGACUUAGCGGAGAAAAAUGUCGUCGCCGAAACAGAAAAAUAAAACCAAUCCUCCCUGGAAAACCAUAAUAUUGAAGGCCACAAGGUUCGUUGAACCCCCUCUUCUUUUUUUUU